CCGUUUGCAGAGGCCAGACAACUUCUCUGUGCCUAUUGUGCAUUUGAAAUGCAAUUUUUUAUACAAGAAAAAAACUGUAAGUCGUCGACAAAUACCAUUACGUUUGUGUUUUGCUUUGACAGUUCAUAAAGCGCAGGGGCAGACACUUGAUGGGGCAAUCAUAUCGAUGGAUGGUAAGAGACGCACAGUUGAAAAUGGUCUUUUUUAUGUUGCGAUAACCAGAAUAAGAUCAAGCAAUCAUUUGCACUUAAAGAAUUUCAACGAAAGUUACAUCAGAAUCAGUGCACAAGUGUCACAAGAAAUGAAAAGACUUCGGAGCAAACUAUAUGAUUAUUGUGAAACACCAUUACGAAUAAAGACACACAAAAAAGAAAUUUCAAUUUCAUACUUGAAUAUCUCAUCUCUUAGAAAACACAUUAAUGAUUUGAAAUCUGACUUCAAUUUAUUAGAUUCAACAGUUCUAUGCAUUGCAGAAACCUGGCUUAGGCCAUCGGAUUCUGGUCCAAAUUACUACUUGGAAAAUUUCAACAUCUUAGAAAGACUUGAUGGACUUAUUCAGACAAAUGGAAAGGGAUUGCUUCUUUAUUCAAAAAGUAAUAUCAGAUAUUCAAUAUACAACUCUGGAAAUGACGAAAUUCAGUGGAUCAUGGCCAAUAUAGAUGAUCUAAUUUGCUGUUUCGUAUAUUUCCCACCAGGAACUGCUUUGUAUAUGAUGUCUGAUUUGUUCUUAUCAUGGUUCAAUUCUCAAACAGUACCGGAUUUAAUCAUUGGUGAUUUCAACAAGUCAACUGCAGAAAUGGAAGUGUUAUCAUCAAAAUACUCCUUGCUGUGUUUGACAGAAAGCAAGACUACUAGAGGUUCAAGGGAUAUCGAUCACAUUUUCUGGAAGAAAUCUGAUCACAUGUCAGUAUCUGCACAAGUUUACAAUGUGUUCUACUCUGAUCAUGAUGCAGUUUCAGUGCGUGUGGAAAAAAGGGAAAACUCAAUGCUUCUUUGCAAUGUGGAACUACCAACAGAUGUGAUAAUUUGAUAGCUGCUGAGCGUGAAACCAUUCCUACAAUUGUGAGCUGAUGUGAAGAACCCCACCACCAAACAUUUAAGCUUGAAAUUCUCAUUAGAGUUAGCUCGUCAAGUGCAAUAUUUUUCAUGUUAUAUGUGUGAGAGCUAUUAUUGACAUAUUCUAAUAAGUGGGAGUGGAGAAUGUACUAGCAUUGUCAAUGUCUGAU